CACGUUGUGUUUAAAUCCAAAACCCAAGUCUUCGAUUUCACGUAGGAAGGUUUAAAAACAACUGCAUUUCUCAAGUUUUUUCAGCCAUGAAGUUCACAACGUUGGCAGCAAUGAUGGUGGCCGUGGCCGUCUUCGGCCUCCUCAUCGAUGGCCACGACUGCAAAAUCGUGCAGUUUAUAUUCGGGGACUCCCUCUCCGACGUUGGAAACAACAAGUACUUGAGCAAGAGUCUCGCCCAAGCAAGCCUGCCUUGGUAUGGCAUUGAUAUGGGCAAUGGACUGCCUAAUGGAAGGUUCUCUAAUGGCCGUACCGUUGCUGAUAUAAUAGGUGAUACCAUGGGGCUCCCACGGCCCCCGGCCUUUCUCGAUCCGUCUUUAAACGAGGACAUGAUACUCGAAAACGGAGUGAACUACGCCUCUGGAGGUGGUGGGAUUUUGAAUGAAACCGGUGGCUACUUUAUUCAGAGGCUUUCGCUCUACAAGCAGAUCGAGCUUUUUCAAGGAACACAAACACUUAUCAGAAGCAAAAUCGGUGAACAAGCAGCGGAGAAGUUCUUCCAAGACGCUCGUUAUGUGGUUGCUUUAGGCAGUAACGACUUCAUUAACAACUACUUGAUGCCUGUUUACAGUGAUUCGUGGAGUUACAACGAUCAAACUUUCAUGGAAUACUUAAUGGGAACUCUAGAGAAGCAACUUAAGCUGUUGCACAGCCUAGGGGCGAGGCAGCUGAUGGUGUUCGGGCUAGGACCAAUGGGUUGUAUUCCACUUCAAAGAGUGCUAAGUUCAUCUUCGGCUUGCCAAGAUAGAACAAACAAACUAGCUCUCAGCUUCAACAAAGCUGGUAGCAAGCUUAUGGAAGAUUUGUCCAGCCAGCUUCCUAACGCGAGCUAUCGAUUUGGUGACGCGUAUGAUGUUGUCAACAACGUGAUCAGCGAUCCAAACAAAUACGGAUUCAGCAAUGCGGACUCACCAUGCUGCUCAUUUGGAAGAAUUCGACCGGCUUUGACGUGCGUCCCUGCAUCAGUACUGUGCAAAGACAGAAGCAAAUAUGUGUUUUGGGACGAGUACCAUCCAUCGGACAGUGCAAACGAGCUUAUUGCCACGGAACUCAUAAAGAAAUUCGGUUUCUCGCGCGUUGGUGAAACAGAUGGUCCUUCCCCUGCACCUGCCAUUGCUCUAUCACCAGAGGGAUAACUUGUAGUACAAUCAAGCCAGCAGUCUCUGCUGAUUACAAUUACUUUCCUAAAGCAACUUCAUAGUGAUUAUUGAAUAGCUUUUUGCUUACAACUAUUGUUUGGUUUUGUUAAUUCAAAUAUAUUUGUUUCUAAAUC